AUGGUACGUCAUUUAUUGUCUAUGCUCACCAUCAUGGUUUGCUUAUUCCUCAAUUUUUAUUCAUUAAUUGGUACUUCGAAUACGGAUUUUAUUCUCGCUAUAUGUGCAAAUCAAACAUUAGUUCUCAAUUAUAAUCCAUCAUUACCAGAUGCAGCAAGUAGUCCAGUUAACAUACAAAUGCGAAAUACGGGUAAAUUCAUAUGUCAAGUAGGCUAUAAGGGUAUCAACAUCAACGUCACUGUUCCAUAUAAUAUAUUAACCAAUUUAUCAGAUGCCACUUGUGAGAAAGCAACAUUUACUGAAUAUAUACUUUAUGGUGGUGUCGAUUUAACAAAUUCACCGAUAAUAUCACGUCUUUUCAACUUAACUGUAGAUGCUAGUGAUCCUUGCCACUCUCGUCCACUAAAUACAACCCAAGUUUUUCAUAGGAUAAUGAAUCUUGAAGAUAAAGUGCCUAUUCUACCUGCAGAUAUCGUAACUUCUUUUGAUGCAAACAAACACAAUAGAAAUUGCAAAACAAUUUCAACUGAAACGAUAUUGUUUACAGCAUAUGCAUACAUACCUAUAUAA